AUGAAGAAUUUAUUUAUAAUUGGAUGUCUAUUGUAGCUCAUCAAUUGUGUUUCAAUAGGAGUUGAAGGAGGGUCAGUAAAAUGUUUCUUUUUUGAUGGUUAUGAUGGAUAAAUAGUCAAGGUGCCCUAUGUUGUAACAGGAAUAAAUGAAGAAAAUGUUUUUGUGGAAUUAUUUGAAACAAUCUUAGAAAACAAUAUUGAAUAUAACAAAACUUUAGAAUCUUAAGAAGGGAAAAGAGAAGGAUAAUUAAAACAUCUUGUCAAAGGAAAAAAAGAAAUUUAUUUAUGCUUUUAAUCUAAUGAUAGUUACUAUAAAAUAUUCAGCUUUGAUUUGGAUAUUAGUGGAGUAGAUAAGAACUUUGCUGAUAAAAACUAAAUGGAUGAGACUGAAGGAUCAUUAAAAUAAGUAUUAUCGAAGAUGCAUAAAGUUUAUAGAAAUCAACACUUUUAAAUUGACCGAGAGAAUUACCAUGAGAAAUUGAUGGAAAGCACUGAAAAUUAAGUAAAGUGGUGUGCUUUAUGUAAAAUUGUAGUUUUGAUGAGCGUGUGUUUAAUAUAAAUUUAUAUGUUAACUAAUUUCUUUAAGGAUAAGAGUUUUGGACCCAGUGUUUGA